AUGUCGUCACAGCAGCUAAAGGCGUCAAACAAUUCGUCCUCCGAUCGCUCCACCUACCGCAGAUGUGAAAUACGCUCUGUUAUUCGGUUCCUUGCUUUGUGUAACGAAUCCGCAGCCAGUAUUCAUCGCCAGCUUGUGGAAACGUAUGGAUCCGAGAUGAUGACACGUCAGCAUGAUACCAAGUGAGUUAGGUUAUUUAAAGAAAGCCGUACUGACACUCACGACGAAGAAAGGAGUGGAAGACCAUCCGCAAUUUCAGAUGAGCUUCUGCACCAGGUUGUAAAUAAAGUUCGCGAUGAUCGUCGUGUGACUCUUGACACCCUUAGUGAAAAUUUCCCACACAUCUCACGAAGUCUCCUGGGUUAAAUCAUAUCAGAAAAACUUGCUUAUAAGAAGUUGUGUGCAAGGUGGGUGUCAAAAAUGUUGACUCCAGCAGAACAUCGUCAAAAUCGUGUUUUGGCCUGCACGCGAAUUUCUUGAGCGUUGUGAAAGCCAGGGUGAAAUUUUUCUUGACUCAAUUGUAACUGGUGACGAAACGUGGGUGUGUCACUAUACUCCCGAGUCAAAAAGGCAGUCUCUACAGUGGCGUCAUAGCAAUUCACCAUCAACCAAAAAAUUCAAGGUUCAAUUAUCAGAGAGGAAGAUCAUGGCAUCUGUCUUUUAGGACCGGAAAGGGAUAUUAUUGGUCUAUUUUAUGUCAAAAAGGACCACCAUAAUGCUGCUGCAUACUGUGACACUCAAGAAGUUGAAAAAAAAAAUCAAAGACAAAAGGAGAGGUAUGCUGACUCGUGA